AUCAUAAUUCGCUUACUACUUCGUUCGUCAAGAAGUCUAAAAACACAAAUCUAUCAAAAUGUUCAAAUUGUUCGCUGCCUGCUUCCUCGCCCUCUUUGCUGUUGCCUUCGGUGCUGCUAAGCCCGGUCUCUUGGCGGCCCCAGCUGCAUUGGCUUACUCUGCUCCAUUAGCUGCUGCCCCCGUUGCUGCUGCCUAUGCCACUCCAGUCGCCGCUGCUUACUCUUCCCCCCUCGCCUAUACCGCAGGAUAUGCUGGUUACGUCGCACCCUACGCCAGCAGCUAUUCAGCUCACUCUAUUGCCCACUCCGCCGCUUUUCCAGCUGCCUAUGCUGCCGCUCCAGUAGUUGCUGCCCCAGCUGUUGCUGUCUUGAAGAAAUAAACCCAGAACAAGGAACAUUUUGUUUCGAAACUAUAAUGGACUGAUCAUAUAUGAACUCAAUAAAUAUCAUAACAAAUAA